UUUUUUUUAUUAUCAUUAUCAUUAUUAUUCCUUAUUUCUUUUCCUUUCUUUUUUCUUUCUAAUAACCAUGACCUAUUUAAGCGGUGGAAAAACAAUUGAUGGAGUAAAAGUUGGUUCACCUAUAGUUAAUAAUCAAUCUAUUGAAGACGAUAUAUCGUAUACAUAUCUACCAGAUUCAACAACGUAUCCAUCUUUACCUAUUAAUGUUAAUCAGAUUGCUAUCAACUUUAGAAGACUUGGAAUUUCAACAGAAGACCUUGAUGAUCGUCUUUUAUCUCUUUAUUCAAAUACGAAAUUAAAUCGACCAGUUUCUAUUACCUUAGAUGCUUCACGUAAUCAAUUAACUAAUAUACCGGAUAGCAUUAGCCGUUUUAAAAGAUUAACACAACUUAACUUAUCCUGUAAUCAAAUUACAAUCAUAUCACCCAUCAUCUAUCUUCACUUACGUCAAUUAAAGCAACUCCAUUUAUCUGAAAAUAAGAUUGAAAUAAUACCUGAUGAGAUGCCAUUUUAUUUGACCCAACUGGAAGUAUUAAAGCUGGAUAACAACUGUAUAAAGACAUUACCAGAAAGUAUUGGUGAAUGGAAAAAGAUGCGAGAAUUUCAAUUGGGAUCAGAAUAUGGUGGAAAUUUAAUUAAAUAUUUACCAGACUCUAUUUCUCAUAUGCAUUCCCUAAUAGAAUUAGAUGUCUCGUUUAAUAACCUAAACAGCUUGCUCCCUACUACAUUUAAUGAAUUAAAACAAUUACGCCAUCUAAAUUUAUCAUAUAAUCGUAUUCAGAGUUUGCCAGAUACUAGUACCAUUUUUUCGAGAUGCAAUGAAUUAAUAAUGCUAGAUUUGUCUCAUAAUCAAUUAUCUAUUUUGCCUUUACGUAUUGUAGAUGAACUUGUAAGGCUUACAAAAGAUAAUCAUCUUCGACUUAUUAAUCUAAGCUAUAACUAUUUUGAUUUGCUGCCCAAUGUAUUGCUUGCUCAAACAGAAUUACAAGUUAUUAUUAAAGGGAACCCUUUUGGUGCUUAUUAUGAAAUAGCUUCUCAUUUACUUCAUCAUUCAACUGACAAAAAUAGACAAAGAUUAUUGCCUAGUACAUCUACUUUAUCAAAUCAUUUCGAUAGCUUGUCAGCAAGACUUUAUACAAAUGAAUAUUUAAUAGAGAGGUUAUUCAGUAAAGACAAAGAAGAUGUAACAUUAAUAAAAAAGAAUCAAAAUACUUCUGCAACUACAUUAUCCUUUAUUCCUUCCUUACGUGAAAUUGCAAUCCGAAAUUUACUAAAAGAAAUCGAAAGAGACAAUAGCAUUGAUUCCAUUAGUUAUAAAAUACCAGAUCAUAUUAAUAGUGAUAUACACGGUAUACGUCACUACUGCUAUCAUUGUAAACAGCCAUUUGUUUACGAAUGGAUAAACGAGAUUUUACUUAAAAGCUACCGUAGUAAUCCUUCAGUUCCUCAGCAAAUUGCACUUUGCAGUAUACCAUGUUGGAACAGCUAUCAAUAUUUUGUAGAGCAUCAAGUCUUAACAUCAGAAAAUCAUAUUAUAUCAUCAAGGCAAGAUAUUCAUCAUAAUGAGGCUUUAGAAUUUAUUAUUCAGCAUGGAGGUGUUUUAGAGCCCAGUUCCUUUGCUUGGGUUGAAGCAGCAGCUAGAGCAGCUCAACAACAAGCGCAAGAUUUAGAGUACUUCAUUAACAUGCCGCCUUCAUAAUAUAUAUUUAUGUAUAUAAUCAAUGUAUAUCUUUUUUUUAACAAUAAUAAACUUUGUUUAUAUACAAAAUAAUUACAAUAUGUAUU